AUGUGUGAUGCAAGUGAUAAGGCUAUAGGGGCUGUUUUGGGGCAAAAAGUAGGGAAGGCAUCUCAUGUGAUUUACUAUGCUUUAAGAACAUUAGAGGAUGUCCAAUGCAACUACUCUACCAUUGAAAAAGAACUCUUUACUAUUGUCUUUGCAUUAGAAAAGUUUAGCUCUUAUUUAUUAGGAACUAAAGUUAUUGUUUAUUCUGACCAUAUAGCACUUAGGUACGUAUUGAAGAAGAAAGAAACCAAGCCAAGAUUGAUAGGGUGGAUACUCUUGUUGCAAGAAUUUGACUUAGAGAUCAAAGAUAAAAGAGGCACUGAAAAUUUGUUUAUUGAUCAUCUCAACAGAUUAGAAGCUCAAAAAGAUAAAAUAAAGAGUGAUGCAAAAUACUAUGUUUGGGAUGAGCCAUAUUUGUGGAUGUAUGGUGUUGAUCAAGUGAUUAAAAGGUGUGUAUCUCAAUCUGAAUAUAACUCUAUUCUCACCUCUUGUCACUCGUAUGAAAGUGGAGAUCACUUUGGACCCAAAAGAAUAGCUUCUAAGUGGGUGAAAGCUAAAACCACGAGGACAGAUGAUGCUAAAGUUGUUGUGGAUUUUAUGCAGUCUCACAUAUUGAAUAGGCAUAGAAUCCUAAGAGCUCUCAUAAGUGAUAGAGGAACUCAUUUUUGCAAUAGAACAGUGGAAGCACUCUUAAAAAAGUACCAUGUAACUCAUAAAGUGUCCACUGCAUAUCAUCCCCAAACUAGUGGCAAAGCUAAAAUGUCCAACAGAGAAAUCAAAUCCAUCAUUGAAAAUACAGUGAAUACAAAUAGGAAUGAUUGGAGUUUGAAGCUUGAUGAUGCACUAUGGGCAUAUAGAAUAGCACAUAAGACACCAAUUGGUAUGUCUCCUUAUCGCUUGGUUUAUGGUAAGCCUUGUCAUCUUCCUGUGGAAUUGGAACACAAAGCAUUUUGGGCUGUGAAGCAAUGUAAUUUGUAA